AGUGACAUAGUGCAAAAUCAAGUGACAGUGCAAGAUCCCUCCCGCCGCCUGAGUGAUAUGUUAAAAAAUAGAUCCUAUUACGUGCCUCUAUAUAAAUUCAUCAAAAAUACAGUGGGGAAAUUAUAAUAAACCGAAUAAAAAUACUCAAGACUUGGCCUAAAGGUCUAGAUGCCAGGCCAUAAACUCCAAAAAAAAAAAUUCCACAAACUAUAUAGAAACACGGCCACAGAACACUAAUACCCUUAGGCGGGAACACGGCUCUUCCCACCUAGGUCGUUCGGGUCGUUCGCGAACUACCCAAGACCCACAAAUUAUAAAGUUGUACCAAGACCAAGACUAAAAGAGUAUAAUAUAUAGAAAAUUAAUUCUACUCAUUGCAUAUUAGUUUGUGAUUAAAGUUGUUGGAAAUAGAAAUGACCUAUUUUAGUGAAAUUUGUAGAAUUUGUUUAUGCGAUAAUCUACGCAUGUAUGUACUAAAGAAGACUGGUCUCGAAAAUUUGUACAAAACAUUGACGAAUAGUUUUAUGGAUGAAGACGAGGAACCCAUAAUUGUCUGUUUCAACUGUCAUGCAAGACUCAUUCGUUGCAGAACAUUACAACAACAGGCUAUUGAGUCAAAAGCAGUUCUGAAGCAGUUGCUUGCAGGAGGGUCCAUGUCAAUACCAAAUCAUCAUGAGGCUAGAGAUAAGAUUCAAUUCACACCAAUUAGUCAUAUAGAUAUCAGGCCAGUAGAGUGUGAUCUAGAUAAUGAUUGUCAGAACGAAAUGUUUAGCCUUGAAUCUGUUAAAGUUGAAGAAGAGAAUUUAGAAAAUGAGAAUUCCAAAUUUGAAGAAAAUGGGAAUCAUGAAAUAGGUAAGAUAUACACAUUUUGUGAUAUUAUUAAAAUAAGGUACAAGUUGGAACACUAAGUUCGAAGUUGUUGACGAGUAUGUUUACCUGGGACAAAUAAUCCGACUAGGUAAGUCCAACUUCGACCGAGAGGUCAAUCGACGGAUUCGACUCGGCUGGGCAGCGUUCGGGAAGCUAUGACACAUUUUCUCGUCAGACAUACCUCAAAACCUUAAAACGAAAUUGUACAACCAAUGCGUGUUGCCAGUGAUGACUUACGGAACUGAGACGUGGUCCUUCACAGCUGGCCGUAUGAGGAAACUCAAGGUCGUUCAGCGAGCUAUGGAGAGGGCUAUGCUCGGAGUUUCUCUGCGUGAUAAACUUAGAAAUGAGGAUAUCCGCAGUAGAACUAGAGUAACCGACAUAGCCCAACGGAUUAGUAAGCUGAAGUGGCAGUGGGCCGGCCAUAUAGCUCGAAGAACCGACAACCGAUGGGGAAGAAAGGUUCUCGAGUGGCAGCCUCGUACCGGUAGGCGAAGUGUAGGGCGACCCCCCACGAGAUGGAGUGACGACCUGGUAAGGCAUGCAGGAAUUCGAUGGAUGCAGGUGGCUCAGGACCGUGCUUUGUGGCAUUCCUUGGGGGAGGCUUAUGUUCAGCAGUGGACUUAUGAAAGGCUGUAAUGAUGAUGAAGGUACAAGUUACCGGAACAAACUUGUGUCUGAAGUCGAGUCUUUGCUGAACAAAGUCUCGGAUUGAGGGCGACUAAAUCUAGUCCAGUUUAAUCCUCAGAAGACACAAGUUUGCGCGUUAACCGCUAAAAAGAACCCCUUUGUCGUAUCUCCUCAGUUUCAAGGCACUCCCCUUCUUGCCUCAGCCAGUAUCGGUAUCCUCGGAGUCGACAUAUCGAGUGACGUGCAGUUUCGUGGUCACUUGGAAGACAAGGCCAAAUUGGCCUCUAAAAAGCUUGGCGUGCUCAGCAGAGCGGGACAGUAUUUCAUGCCGGCACACCGCCUGCAACUUUACAAGGCGCAGGUUCGGCCUCACAUGGAAUACUGUUCCCAUCUCUGGGCAGGGGCUCCCCAGUGCCAGCUCCUUCCACUUGACCGCAUCCAGCGCAGAGCGGCUCGAAUCGUCGACGACCGAGCCCUUUUCGAUCGGCUCGAUUCAUUGGCACUGCGAAGAGAUGUUGCAUCCCUUUGCAUUUUCUUUCGCAUCUACCAUAGGGAGUGCUCUGAGGAAUUGUUCGGAUUAAUCCCAGCCGCCAAAUUUCACGAACGCACAUCGCGGCAGAACUCCCGAUACCAUCCACACCAUCUGGAUGAUUGGCGGUCCACCACUGUGCGAUUUAGAAGAUGUUUUCUUCCUCGAACGACUUCCUUGUGGAAUCGAUUACCAUCAGCGAUUUUUCCGGACCGGUACGACUUAGGGACCUUCAAGAAAAGAGCGUACUCCUUUUUAAAAGGCCGGCAACGAUUCUGCAAUUCCCCUGGUGUUGCAGUUGUUCAUGGGCGGCGGAAGUCACUUACCAUCAGGUGAGCCGCAUGCUCGUUUGACCCCUCCCUGGUGUUGCAGGUGCGUGUAGUGGCGGUUAAGAAUAUCCACUACCCCAUAUCUUCCCGUGGGUGUCGUAAAAGGCGACAAAGGGAAACAGGCAGGAGAUGGGCAGCAGCAUCUUCCUGGUAACGGC